UCUAACGCUUUGAUCGGCCUCCUUAAUUUCUUCAUCGAAAAAAACUGUGAAAACUCCAAUUUUUAUUCUCUUUUUCUCGUCUUUCCCGUCGCCGGCCGAAUGCUCCCCACAAUAAAUUCCAACAAACAGUUUUAUUUCUUCUCCACUUUUCAAAAAACCAUUUUCUAGCUUUUUUGAAUAUGAACGAUCUUCUCACGGACUCGUUCGUUGGAGAUGCCAAAGGCAACACGUCCAGAGAAUCCGACAUCGAGAUGGGCCCUCGGCUUCCUAGGAGUAACUCUGAUGUGGCUCUGGAAUCCUUCCAUAAGCAGAUACAAGAGAUCGAGAAGCAUGUGGACAAGCUCUCCGGUUUGCUACAGAACCUUAAGGAAGCGAACGAGGAGUCAAAAUCGGUUACAAAAGCAUCUUCAAUGAAAGCUAUCAGGAAACGGAUGGAGAAAGAUGUCGAUGAAGUGGGAAAGAUAGCACGCGGUAUAAAAGUGAAAAUCGAGACAAUGAACAAAGAUAACUUAACUAACCGGCAGAAGCCUGGCUGCGGAAAGGGAACAGCCGUUGAUAGGUCAAGAACAAACAUGACAAGCGCCUUGAUGAAGAAAUUUAGAGACCUCAUGACUGAGUUUCAGACAUUGAGACAGAGGAUUGAAGAGGAGUAUCGCGAGGUUGUUGAGCGACGAGUAGUAACAGUUACUGGAAGUAGACCGGAUGAAGAGACUAUCAAUACUCUCAUUGAAACCGGAAACAGUGAACAGAUAUUCCAGCAAGCGAUGCAACAAUCCGGACGAGGCCAGGUGAUGAACACUUUGGAGGAGAUUCAAGAGAGGCACGAUGCUGUAAAGGAGAUCGAGAAGAAGCUUCUCGGCCUUCAUCAGAUUUACUUAGAUAUGGCCGUGCUAGUCGAAGCUCAAGGAGACAUUUUGGACAACAUUGAGAGCCAGGUUAAUUUGUUUUCCCAAACUUGUAAUGAUGUUAUAUGAUUCCUAGAUAUAUGCAAAAUUGGGGUAUGAAUAGAAAGAUGUGGUGUGUGUUGCUGCAUGUUGACGAGGCUCUCGUUCAGGUAACGAACGCAGUCGACCAUGUUCAGUCACUGCGCUUCAGAACGCGAGAAAACUGCAUGUGCAUUGCCAUUAGUAAUUGGAGUUAUUAUAGUUCUUAGUUUGGUCCAUAGUGCAAAAAACGUAGCUACCAAUAA